AAAUUUUUUGUUUGACACACCACAUGAUAUGCGAAUUUAUUUGAUAAUUUUGCAAUUGUUUGCUUAGAUUUAGCAAACUUACGAGGUUUGAAUUUCUCCUAUAUAAACAAUUCUCUUUCUGCUACUCGCUUGCUACUGCAGUGUUCAAGCUCGAAGGAGAAGAGGGAGUAGCAGUCGGAAGCUUGUUUUAAUCUGGCAGGACAAAUCGCCAUUGCAGGGAUUUCGAGGAACAGAGGUCGGAUUCGGAGGAAAGCUCGCAUCUUUUCCUUCUUUUGCUAGAGUUCGACGCCAUUGGUUGGUUCACACUUUGUCAGAUACCCUAGGGGGGUGUCGCAGAGACUGGGAACUGAGCCCCGCCGAUAAGCCGUAAAGAAGACGUCCCUGCUUUGUCGUACGACCGCUGUGACGAGUGUUGCUCCGGGUGCGAAGGAGGAGAUCGAGAUCACGGGUACGAAUCGUUGCCAGGGGUCGGUCCUUUUCUAUUUGUUAUAUUUAUUUCGUCGAAUUGCUGGGAAAGAUUUGUUUUUUCGGCGCCGAUCCGAGGAAAGCUGGUGGAUGUUGGGGCGGCAUCUGGCGUCCGGCCUUUAAUCGAACUCCGGAUGCCGAGGAAUUGCUUCUUCUGGCUUUCUUGUCACAGAGAUAUCGAGGAAUUCAGAGAGUGACGAUUCUUCCUGUCAGAAGUGAAAGGGAAAGAAAAUUUUCGCAGAAGCUUUAAAGACGUUUAUUAAAGGCUUCAAUAGUUUGAGGGGAUCUCUAAUCUCGGAAAGGCCACCUCUUUCUUGUGCUUGCUGUUGUCGUGGUAUAUGAGGAAAGGCCACCGGUAUUGGAGACUUGACACGGUUUUGGCUUAAAUUUCGGAGCCUUUCGCUUGUUUUUGUCCAAGGGUUGAUGAAAGAGAUGAAAGAAUUCUCCUUUUUGUUGCGAAUGCUGUGACUUCUCGAAACGAAGGGAAUAUGGCGACUGAUCAGGGAAAAUAUGUCCGGUACACACCGGAGCAAGUCGAAGCCCUCGAGAGAGUCUACUGUGAGUGCCCCAAACCGAGCUCAUUGAGGAGGCAGCAGCUCAUCAGGGAAUGUCCCAUCCUCUCCAACAUCGAGCCGAAGCAGAUUAAAGUUUGGUUUCAGAAUAGGAGGUGCCGAGAGAAACAGAGAAAGGAAUCGUCACAGCUUCAGACCGUGAACAGGAAGCUGAUGUCGAUGAAUAAGCUUUUGUUGGAGGAAAAUACUCGACUGCAGAAGCAGGUCACGCAGUUGGUCUAUGAUAAUAGUUACUUACGUCAACGAACCCAAAAUGUUGCAUUAGCGACAAUGCACACAUAUUGUGAGUCGGUUGUGACGAAUUUUCACCACCAUUUGAUAUCUCAGCAUAAACCAAGAGAUUCUACCCCUGUUGGAUUAAUGUCCAUUGCAGAGGAAACUUUAACAGAGUUUCUGUCGAAGGCUACUGGAACUACUUUCGAGUGGAUUCAAAUGCCCGGGAUGAAGCCUGGUCCGGAUUCUGUUGGAACCAUUGCUAUCUCACAUGGUUGCACUGGCGUCGUCGCUGCGCGAGCUUGUGCCUUUGUUGGUCUAGAAACCACAAAGGUUGCAGAAAUCUUGAAAGAUCGACUAUCAUGGUGUCGUGACUGUCGAUCUUUGGAGGCAAACAAUGUGAUGCUGACUGCAAAUAAUGAAACCAUUGAGGUGCUGUACAUGCAGGUCUAUGCUCCAACGACUCUGGCACCUGCUCAGGACUUCUGGCUGCUAAGAUAUACAAAAAUUCUUGAAGACAACAGUCUUGUGGUCUGUCAAAGAUCAGUCAAUAGCAUGCAAGGUGGCCCAAGCAUGCCCCCCAUGGAACAUUUUGUAAGGGCAGAAAUGUUGCCUAGUGGUUAUUUGAUAAGACCAUGUGACGAUGGUGGCUCUAUGAUUUAUAUCAUUGAUCAUUUUGAUUUUCAGUCUAGUAGUAUGCCAGAAGUUAUAAGACCCCUAUAUGAAUCAUCAACAAGACUUGCUCAGAGUACAACAAUAACAGCUCUACAUCAUUUAAGACAGAUUUCCUAUGAAAGUUCGUAUCCUACUACCUUUACCCCAUGGGGCAGGCAACCUGCAGCUCUAAGAGCACUUAGUCACAGGCUGAGUAGGGGUUUCAAUGAAGCUGUGAAUGGGUUUCCAGAUGAUGGAUGGUCUAUAAUCCCUAACGAUGUUGUGGAUGAUGUCACUGUUCUACUAAAUUCAUCUCCUAGGAAAAUGAUGACUUUAAAUCUUGGUAAUACUGAUGGAUCAUCCUCAUCAAGCAGUUCUGUUCUCUGUGCAACAGCAUCUAUCCUUUUACAGAAUAUAUCUCCACCUGUUCUCCUAUCAUAUUUACGAGAGCAUCGAUCAGAGUGGGCAGAUAGUGACAUAGAUGCAUAUUCUGCUGCUGCAGUGAAGGCUGCCCCAAGGACUUCAGCUGCAUCUGACUGUGGAAGCUCUGUUGGUCCAGUGAUAUUAACUCCGGUUCCCACUCUAUGCCAUGAAGAAUACUUGGAAGUGGUUAAGUUGGAAGGUAUUUGUUAUCAUCAGGAAACUCUUUUUCCAUGUCAGCUAUACCUCCUGCAGCUUUGCAAUGGAUUGAAUAACAAUUCCACUGGCACCUGCUCCGAGCUAAUAUUUGCCCCAGUAGAUGCAUCUUGUGCUGAUGAUGCUCCACUGUUGCCGUCAGGUUUUCGUGUUAUUUCUCUAGACUCUGAUAUGGACACGAGUACUCCUAAUCGAACCUUGGACCUUGCUUCUGCAAUUGGAGUUGAAUCGAUGGGAAUUCAAGCAUCCGAUGAAUAUUCUCAUAAUUGUGGCAGCGGCGGCAAGUCUGUCAUGACUAUAGCAUUCCAAUUUGCUUUCGAGAACCACCACAUAGAGAGAGUGGUAUCCAUGGCUAGGCAAUACAUUCACAACAUCAAAGCUUCUGUUAAAAAACUAGCAUUAAUUCUUUCACCGUCACAUCUCGGGUCUCAUGAUAACCUUUGCAUGCCACACGGAAGCACGGAAGGCGACACACUUGCUCGGUGCAUUUCUGAAAGCUACAGGGUUUAUUCAGGAUCAGAAUUGCUUGAAUCUUCCACUGAUGGCAGUGAUUCACUUCUAAAGAUGCUUUGGCACCACUCAAAUGCAAUUCUGUGCUGUACUACGACGGCCAUUCCAGUUCUUACCUUUGCCAACAAAGCUGGUCUCGAGAUGCUCCAGACAACACUGGUGGACUUGCAGAACACAACUCUUGAAAGUAUCUUCAUGGAGGAAGGAAGGAAGGCUAUCUGCAGAGAGUUUCCUCAUACCAUUCAACAGGCAGUGGACUGGCCAGGUUUUGUUUGCCUUCAAGGUGGUUUAUGCGUUUCAAGCAAUGGCAGAUCUAUUUCCUAUGAGAAAGUAAUUGCUUGGAAAGUGUUGGAUGAGGGAGGCAAUGCUCAAUGCACCUGCUUUAUGUUUGUUAACUGGUGUCACAUUGUUUGAAGAAUUUCCAAAGGGAGAGAUGUCCGUAAGCAUGGCUUUCUGAGAUGUUCAUAUAAACUGCAUUCUUUGCCUAAUUACCGAGUUAUUAUAGUAUUUGUGUAUCAGAAAACAUGGAUGGAAAGUUAACAAAAUAGAUUAAGUUAUACAAGAAAUGAGAAAUGUCUCUGUUUGAUUGUA